AUGGCGAACGCACACGCUCAUCCAAUUCCUCCUGCGAUUCCGCACGACCUGUUUACGCAGGAAGUCCCUCCGUCGCCGACGUUGACAAAUCCGGACAUGAUAUUGCCGUAUCAGCCUCACCUCGACUCCAGUCCCAGUCCACGCGCGUCUUCGCCGAUUCUACGCUCGUCCCCGCUACCCGUGCGUCCAGAUUCUGCGGUUUCGCUGGGUUCUUCUCCGCACGAGCUUGAGCCUGCAGUCGAGUUAGGCAUUGCGACAACCAUCAGAAUGCCCUCGCGGGCUGUCCCUCCUAUCAAUACCAACUACCAUGGCUACGAACACGGCGCGCCCCUGAGCGACAUUGGAGAGGAGGAAACCCCGAAAUCGAAAAAAAGUCGGCGAACCGAGAGCCCGAUGAUAUCAGAUCCUCCUUCACCGACCCCCGCGGGCCCCUUUGCGCGCGUCGCUCGAAGGUUAAGCAAUCAUUCCUCCUCGAGCAAUGGCUCCGACCUUGGCAAUUGGGAGGACUUCGAUACCUCGAAGAUCAUGAAUGGGAGACUGGCCGCAGACGUGGCCAAGGUCCCAGACGAGGAAAUCGAAGAACCCGACAGCAAGAGAAAUAGCACGAUUACGACCAGCGCAGAAGACGAAAUGGCUUUGCUGAACGAACGAGCAGAGAGAAUCCUUGAGCACGCCAGGAAGCGACUGACCCACAUGGAGGAUAAUCUCAGUAAAGCACGUCACAGCAUUCUUCUGUCGUCGAGAUCCUCGCCAAAUAUGAAUGAACUUCAUCAACCUGCGGGCGGGUUAUAUCGUUCGAUCUCUUUGGCUGGCGCCAGUCAGCGAAAGCCCAGACCACUUCAUCUGGUCAAUAGAAACAACUCGGUGGCGCACGCCAGAGGCGGUAGUGAUACGACGACAGGUGCCUCUGGACUGAAACGCCUCUCUAUGAUUCCCGAGAUCAGAUCCGCGAGCGCCUUGGAAUAUGGACGCAGACAAGAAUCGCCCCAACAGUUGUUUCAUUCGCCCUCGGCGCGGGGUGGUCCGUACUCGCCGGCAAGCAAUCGCAGCUUCAAUUCGCCUCUGCGGGCGUUGAAGGAGGAAGAAAGCCCCCCAAGCACAAUCAAGACGACCCCAGAUUCGUCGACUCCGCGAGGCCUGGGUAUCAACACAUUAGCAGCUGUGUCUAAAGAAGACAUUUCGGUGGUCACAAGCAGCCCCACCACAGCUCUUGCUCGCUCCUCAUCAGCAAUGUCAAAUCGGUCUACCAAAGAGAUUCGAGAGCAGAUGUCGAAUUUGCAAGCAAAAAUUUCCGACUUGAAAGAUAAAGCACAGGCCGACAGCAUGAGGAGAAAAAGUCUGCAAAGCAUGAGGACGCCCAGUCCGUUUGCAAAUGCGCACAGCCCAGAGCAGUGGUACACAAGUGCCCCUGAAUACAAGGAGGCAGGCAGCCCGAUCAACACGAACGCUGGUAUGGGAUGGAGCCCAUCCCAACCGAGGAAGCGACUGGACUUUCAAGUCGCACCAGUGACGCCACAGGCACAAACAUUACUCAACGUCGAACUGCCCGCAACAAGAGACUCUGGCUUGGUGAGUGAAGCCAGGACAGACAAGAACACUCCAAGUCUCCACAAGUCGGUUCAUCUGCAGCCGGAGCCUGUCGAGAAAUCAAAUUCGGUGCUCCAAGAAUCGCUUUAUGAAGACGCUGCGCAAGAAUUUGAUGAUGACGAACCGAUUGCCGCUUCAGAAGAAGAGCAAAUUUACCUGAACGAAGUUUUGGAGGAGAGCCUGCAGGACCUCGAGCCUGAUGUCCCCGAGAUCCCCGAACACCUGCUUCCCACAGAAGGCGCCGCGGAACGCCAUGAAGACAGGUUAGACGCGUUCGACUACGAAAACAUGUUCCUUCAUAGUGCACUAGGAAAUUACACUGGGACGGGUAUUAGAAGUGAAACUCCUAGCGAGAGCGAUUGCAGCAGUGUAACAACGACGCGCCUGGCCCAAGACACACCGACAAUAGACGAAGACGACACGGAGAUACCCCUUGAUGAAGAAGCAGGUACAGAGGAAGCUGCAGACACACCGAUUCAAGAGACAUUUCUAAAACCCGGGCCUCCACUCGAUCCCACUCCGCUUGCCGCGCCUUCGAAACCUUGGAUGAAGGCCGCACGAAGCAAUAGUAUGGAUUCUGUUUCAACUGUCGCCACCUUUGCGACAGCUACAGAAGGGGGAGGCGCCAGUGAUGGAGAGGCCGAGGAUGGAAUGCCGACAGAGAUUCUCAGCUGGGGCAAUUCGCCGCCAUUUCCUCAACCACCAAUGAGUCCAAAACGCGAAAACACAGCUUCUGUGUGGCCGACACCUCCAAUGAGUGGACGGGCUCGCCAGGGUCAAACCAGAUCCCCACGACAGAUUCAGACGCAAGGGAGCAUCGUUUCUAAUGGCAUACCGACCCCUCCUGUCCAUUCACCGAAUGGGUCUUUCCCCACCCCAAGAGCAUUGGGUUCAACCAAUGCGCCAAAUGAGGUGCCGGUCGACCAUCCCGCGAACACGGAAAUCCUGAUGGAGAGUCUGAUCAAACUGGCGGACCCGGAAUUUAGAGUUGGCGAAGGACCUGGGUCAGUGACUUUUUCCAACGUCGACAAGGAUCUCGUCCUUGAUCUCUUGCGGGCUGUGGGUGGCGUCUGCAAUGAGAUCCUAAGGUCGGAAAGGAAACACGAAGUGCGUGCCGCAAAAGUACUCAGGAGGAGACUGGACGAAUCAAGAAAGCUCCUAGAGGGGAGAGCCGACGAGUAG